UCGCCGAAAAUUGUGAUCUCUCAGCACAUCUCGACUUCCUUGAAGGUGUAAUUUUCCCGAGGUUAUCGAUACUUCCGCUCAUUUUACUCAAAAGUCAGAUGAAUUCCUUAAUUUACCCAUAGAAAAGUCGAAAGAAACGCUUCACUGUUGAAUUUCCAUAAUUUGAAUGUUCAAAGACCCAUCACUCAAGACUCCGUAAAAAAACUUCUGGAUCACUUCAUAGAGUCGAUAAAAAAUUCACCAACCAUCCUCUUCAAUGAUAAAACAAUGUGUAUAAAUUAUUGAUAGAUUAUUGAAAAUUUAUUUAUCAUUAAUUUCACCGAUAAUUGACGUUAAAAAUUUUGUGUAUUGUUAAAUCAAUGCUAACGUGCAGUCUACUCCAGUCUAUUCGCCCGAUUCGCCCCUUCAUCGGUGACUUAACCCUAAAAAAUUAUGUCGCUAGUUUGCGUAAAUAUACAGUGAAAGAGGCCGGUGAUUGAGGUUAAACCCGUGAAGACCAGACAAAAAUUCAUAACAAAGGCGAUUAUCAAUUACUAGUCAAUUAUUAACUGAUUCCAUUGAUGUGAAUAUUAAAAUAGGCAAUAGAAAGAUAACGAUGCUUGUUAAUUUGUUGAGGAUUACUUCUUCUUUACGCUCCAAUUUACUGCAGAGACUGCCUGAAUCGAAAGAAAAGGUGCGAUGCUAUGGACUUUUCAGAUCAUGGGGAUUGGAGUCGAGAUGUCAAGAGUCUCGUAGUAAAUUGAAAUUCUCAUCCCGAAAAUCUUCAACUCCCAAAUUCAUAAGAACUUUUACGGACGAACCAGUCACCAGGAUAAACACGAAUGUAGCAAACAAUGUUAUUCUCUGGAAAUUCGAACAUCCGAAGUAUUUUUUGAGAAUGACUAUCUUCAAUGCCACACAGUUUACGAUAAUGAUGAUGGCCAGUUGUGUUGCAUGGACGUUCAUUCCGAUAUUCAGAGACGAUAUGACAUGGAAGGAUUAUGCUAAAAAGGCGUACUUGUCGGUUAUAUUGUGCUUUUUCACAGCAUUUGCAGCAAUUAGCACCGGUGUGUUGAUCUGGAUGUACACCUGCAGAUCUCUAAAAUACAUAAUCUUGAAUAAAGGAGGAACUAGUGCGACUCUAGUAACUUAUCAUCCUAUUAAAGGGUCUGCAUCCAAAGUUGUGCCUCUCGAAGAUAUUUUAAUCAAGAGUGACCGAAAUGAUGUUGGACAUUUCAUCUCUUUGAAAUUAAGAGGCACCGGCAUGUAUCAUCUAAUAGACAAAGACGGUAUUUUUGUGAAUCCAGAUCUGUACGAUCUAACUGUAGCCCUUGAUCGAACCCCGAAAAUUAAGAAGAAGAAUCCUGACUCCCUUCGUGCAUAAAUAAUGAGUUUUGUAUUUUACUUGAAUAAUAAAAUCUUUAAUUACUGAA